UCAGGUUUCUCUCUGAUAUGGCCCUAGGGAUUGUAUUAUAUAUAUAACCUGUUGUGCAGAUCUAAUUUAUUGCAACGGUUUUUCGUUAAUAUAAUUAAAAACACUCCAAUAUAUAUUUGGAGAAAAUACAUUUAGGUACGAUCGACGAAAUGGGUAAAGAAAACGAACCGGACGGCACGAAGAAGAGGAGGAAAUCGGUGAAUACAAGCAGUGGAACGUCAGUGAAAGACGGAGACAUGUACAAGACAAUAAUUAGCAACGAAGAGAAGGAAGCUAUCGAGAGGCUUCCUGAUGAUGAUUCCGAAUGUUUCUUGACUACGUGCAACAAUAUUCGAGCAGCGAUGGCCAAGAUAGCCAAGUUAAAAGCUAGCGGAGAUUCAAAUGUGAAGGAUGAGAUCCACGAGCUUCAAGUCCAGACAUCUUUGGCUUUCAUAGAAUUGAAGAAGCUAAACCGCAUGGAAAAGUUCCGCACGAAAUUCGCGCGUGACUCUCUCGUAGCUGCGAAGAGCAGCGUAGACAGUAGACACUUGCAUUUGCAGAACCUGUUGUAUGAGGUGAUGCACUUGAAGAAAGAAGUUGUCAAAUGUCUUCAAUUCAAGUCUAAAGAUGAAUUGAUAGAGCUCGUUCCGGAGGAAGAAUUCUACAAGGAGGCUCCUGAGAGCAUUUCGCGGCCUGAGACAACAAAAAAUAAUCAGCACCAACUAAGAUUGGCUCGUCUGGAGUGGGAAUUGACCCAGAGAAAGCAACUGGCCGUGUUGUGCGAUGAAUUGACGGAGAGUAAGAAGGCAGUAGCGUCGAGUAUCGAGACGAAGCAGACGCGUUUGGAUAAUCUCGCGCCACAAUUACGUUCUAUAUUGGCGGCAAGCAAACCGUUACAAGAAAGCCUUGGAUUGCCGUUAGACAAAAUUCGACAGGAGCAUCAGAAAGCAUCGUUGCUCGCAUCGCCGCUCUACGUUCUGUACGCAAAGGCAUCCGCCUACAGAGAUGCUUAUGAUAGUACACUACUAGUCAUAGUGGAAGGCGACGAGGACGAAGCAAAACGUGCAAACAGUCAGGACAGUCUACAAGAAUCCGACUCGGAUGCUGACGCUCAGUCGGAGAACGUCGUAGAGGAGGCACCGGUGCACAAGAAGAGGCAUCACAGAUUGUCCCGGGAGGCCAGGCAGGAGGAGAAGCGAUCUAAAUUGCUGCAGCGACAUCCACUGCAUGUAAAAAUCGUUAUUACAUUAAAAAACGAGACGAGAUUAACUCUCCACUUUUAUUAUAUGAUCUACCUAAAAGUCGUGACAGUGGAGUCGAAGCUAGAAACGGAAGAUCUGGGUGGCAUUAGUGCUGGGGACAUGCUGGUAUCCGAAUCGGUCCUCCGUGAAUUGUACCCAGGAGACUUGGGUUUGCAGAGUCCGAAUCCCGCGAAUCAGUAUCAGCUGUCACGACAUAAUUUGGGUACAUUCUCGUCUCUGGGGCUAGGCAUUCCCUACAGAUGGGCGCAAAGAAUGGCGGGUCUACGUUUCGUCUCACCCGAUGCGGGCGAACAGAAGGUCACGAGUCAGGAAUUGGCACAAGACUGCGUGGAGAGUGUGCUGAAAGAGAUCAAGCGGCGCAUAAAAGCGCGGCUGGAUCUUUGCACGGAGAUACGGCACUUGGAAUCGGGUAACCUGCCGAUCUUCAUCAGCACGACGGAUCCAGUGCCGCAGAAGAUCUCCACGUCGCUGCACCGAUUCACAACCAUGACGUGGAAGAGCUACUCGAACUUCAUCAGCUCGUCGACGUUCUGCCAACGGGGAUUGGUUUCGUCUGUGGACAUCUUUUACGAAGCCGUGCUUCGCCGUGGCAGCAGUGAGCUCGUAGCGAGGAUCGCCAUAAAGCCGGAUUACCCGAAGAUAGCACCGGUGUUUAACGUAAGCAUCAGCCCGAUGGUGCCGGCGUCCGCCGAUAUCGUCAGGGAUAUCGAGAGAGAGGUCAAUGUGAUGUGGACGAAAUCCCCGACGUUGACGGCGCAAAUACAACGGUUGCGAGCGUGUUUCGACAUCUACCUGGAGACUGAGAGCAUGGCGCCGAAGGAGAAGAUAUUUUUCCAUCCCGUAAGAGGCCGGACUCGCGCUCGACCAUACAAGUUCUUGUCAUUGGGGGGAGGCAUAUUCACUCAUCGUUAAAUAAAAAUCGUAUUAUUUUUUAA